UCCCAACUCUACCCUCCGCAUAUUCUCUCUCCUCCUCCAUUUAGUUGCGUUAUAUAUCAGCCCUUCCCAUUUCCCCCUUUUCCUAUUUCCUUGUCUUCGCAUAAAAUAUCACACCAUUAUACAUUACCGCGCCACAUAUAUAUACUUGCAUUAACAUAUAGCCGGAGGAAUCCCACAUUUUGGAAAAUUCUUGAUUUGUUUUCAUUUUGGAAGAUGAAGUUUGGCAAGAGUUUGAGCAACCAAAUUGAGGAGACGUUGCCGGAGUGGAGGGACAAGUUUUUGUCGUACAAGGAGCUCAAGAAGCGGCUCAAGCUGAUCGAGCCGAAUCCGCCGGCCGGAGCAGGCGCCGGGGAGGAGAGGCCUCAGAAGAGGCGGAGGAUGGAGGAGAGCGGCCGAGAGGGGGAUGCCAUGACGGAGGAGGAGGCGGAUUUCCUCAAGCUUUUGGAGGAUGAGCUCGACAAGUUUAAUGCCUUCUUCGUUGAGAAGGAGGAGGAGUACAUCAUCCGAUUAAAGGAACUGCGUGAUAGUGUGGCAAAGGCCAAGGAUAGGAAAGAUGAGAUGAUUAAGAUCCGGAAAGAAAUUGUCGACUUCCAUGGAGAGAUGGUUUUGUUGGAGAAUUACAGUGCUCUUAACUACACCGGAUUGGUUAAGAUUUUGAAGAAGUACGACAAAAGAACUGGCGCUCUCCUUCGCCUGCCUUUCAUUCAAAACGUUUUGCAGCAGCCAUUCUUCAUGACUGACCUUCUUUACAAGCUCGUGAAGGAGUGUGAGAAUAUGCUCAAUGAAAUGUUCCCCCUCCCCGUGGUUGAGGCUGUGGACAGGGACGAGUCCUCUACAAGCUAUGCACCCGAUGAGGGUGUGAUCAAGGGACGUAAGGAGAUUGCACAGAUAGAAUACAUGAAGAGCCUGCAUAUGAAGAGUACGUUGGCUGCGUUACGAGUUUUAAAAGAAAUUCGUAGCGGGAGUUCUACUGUUAGUGCAUUUUCAUUGCCACCACUCCAGAUUAGUGGAUUAGAGGAACCUUGGAACAAAAUUCCUGUUCUCGAACAAGUUGCUAAGUAGUGCUGCUCCUAUAUAUUAUGUAACUUGAUAUCUAUGAUCUUGUUUUUUUCUUUUUUGUGUUCACUUAACUCGUGCAUUUGAUUUGCAUGUAAUCUAUACUGACAAUGAUGUAAAAUACUUUAAUACUAUAUCGAGGCUUUUGAUCGACUUACUUCAAA